AUGGCUUCCUGUUGCACGAAAUUUGAUUUCUUUGGUAUUAAGAUUACGUCACCAAGCGUUGCGAAUGAUCGGUUCUCCGGCAGUUCCGAUGAGGAUGAUCUUUUCAGUCAGUUUAAAGGAGCGGAAAAUGCGGCUGCGUCAGGAGAAAGAAUUCCUGCGGAAAGCAGCAGCAGUGAGCAGCAAUCAAACAUAGCAGAAACACUUCCGACUAAAGAAUUCAGACAAGUCCUGAGCAGCAUAAUCUCAAGUAGGUCGUCUGGUGUUUCGGAAAACGGUCCUUCUGGACAAAUCAUCAACGAUGUAAAUGGAGGCGCUCAAACAAAUGCAGUUUUGCCGUCGCUGUCUAAGUUACGUGACAAGGGACCACCGCGGCGUUCACCUUCACGUUUGCCACAGCGACUGAAGAGGGAAGCUGUCGGGAAGAUUUCUGAUGUUGCAGCUACAAGUUCGACGCCUGCUUUAAACGAACACACAAAUCAAGGGAGCAAAGCUAAAGCAGCUGAACCAAGGCACUCAGUAGUACAUAAGUGUAAAAAAACUCACGUUACAUCCAUUUUUUCUUCGGAUUCGGACGAGGACAUCUUUUCCACGCUACUGACCAAACCAGCAGUUGAUUCUACUAAGUGCAGUCCUGUUUCCUCUGGAAAAAGCACUGCAUGUGCUCCAGUGAAUGAGAAACCCUCAGCAGCCCUCAGUGCAGUAGCACAAACUUCUUCUGGUGACAAUUUGAAAUCAGGUCUUUUUGACUCCGAUGAUGAUAUUUUUACUAAUAGCACCACCGUGAAUAGUUCCAUGGUCACUGCGGAUGGGAAGGCCGUGACCAGAAAGGUUGAUCGGGAAGUGUUCUGUGGCGGCCUAAAAGCGACUAAAAAGCCUGAUAUUUUCGACAGUGAUUCGGACGAUAGUCUUUUCCUGUAG